CUGCAGGGGCACAGUGCUACUGGGAAAAGCAACAGAAGGUAGCAAAAAGAGCUUUUCCAGGCUGGAUCAUCUCUACAAGCCGGGUUUUCUCCUUGCCUUGGGUGCCCCAUCUCAGCAGCCGUGCUGCAGGAAGAAAACCUGGAAAAAGAUGCACUGAAGUGUCACACAUCAAAGAAGGAAAGCUUGGAUCCUGCCUUGGAGGCUGCUGUAGCACGCAGCACUGGAGAGGAGAACCAGAGGGAAUCAACUGGCCAUCAUUCCCAGUUCCUGCUCUCUCAGUGGUUGGUGUCCCCCGUUCCUGGACGUUGCUUGAUGGGGAUCUCUGCUGCAGGAGCAGGCUCUGCACUCCAAGGCAGGCGGGCAGGGAUAGGAGAGGUCGCUCCUAGAUGCCGGGAAGGCCAUUUGUGUAAGUUCCUGGCAGAAGAUCUCUUCUGGAACAGCUGCUGGCUGUAGGCCCACCAAGCCAAGGGUCAGGAUAGCCUCUGAACAGCAUGUCUGCCAAGCCUGAGAAGAAGGAGACCCACCAGGCCAAUGGGGCUGUGCCUGUGGACCAUCUCACCAGUCCGGACCAGGGGCAGCUGGUGGAGCCCUCAGAUUUCCUGGGACCUGCUGCAGUAGAAGCAGUGGUGCUGGAGUCCCGUGCCAACGCCAAAGGGGUGCGAGAAGACGAUGCCCUGCUGGAAAAUGGCAGCCAGAGCAAUGAGAGCGAUGACACCAGCACACACCAGAGUCCUGAGCCAGCCUCGCCCCUCAAGGAGACCUCCUUUUCCAUUGGGCUGCAAGUCCUCUUCCCGUUCCUCCUGGCAGGCUUUGGGACAGUUGCUGCUGGAAUGGUGCUGGACAUUGUGCAGCACUGGGACGUCUUCAAAAACGUGACCAAUUUGUUUAUCUUAGUACCUGCACUGCUGGGCCUGAAGGGGAACCUGGAGAUGACUCUGGCAUCCCGCCUGUCCACUGCUGCUAAUAUUGGCCAAAUGGACACACCCAAAGAGUUCUGGAAGAUGAUAACAGGAAACAUGGCUCUGCUACUGGUUCAGGCCACCGUGGUUGGCUUCCUGGCCUCCAUCGCCGCCGUGGUGUUCGGGUGGAUCCCAGACGGGCACUUCAGCCUGUACCACGCUGUCCUGCUCUGUGCCAGCAGUGUGGCCACUGCCUUCGUUGCUUCCCUUUUUCUGGGAAUGAUUAUGAUUGGGGUCAUCAUCGGGUCCAGGAGGAUGGGGAUCAACCCUGACAACGUGGCCACCCCGAUUGCUGCCAGCCUGGGGGAUCUUGUCACCCUGGCUCUGCUGUCAGGAAUCAGCUGUGGCUUGUACAAGGACCUGGAGAGCAAGUUCUAUGUGAAUCCCCUGGUGUGCGCCUUGUUCCUGGCUCUGCUGCCCAUCUGGGUCUUCGUUGCCAGGAAGGAUUCAGCGACCUGGGAGGUGCUUUGUUCCAGCUGGGAGCCCGUUGUCAUCGCCAUGGCCAUCAGCAGCGUCGGGGGGUUGAUUUUGGACAGGACGGUCUCGGAUCCGAACUUUGCUGGGAUGGCUGUUUUCACACCAGUGAUCAAUGGUGUGGGUGGCAACCUGGUGGCAGUGCAGGCCAGUCGCAUCUCCACCUACCUGCACAUGAGUGGGAUGCCUGGAGAGAGCUCCAAAACAGUCCCUUGGAAGUGCCCCAGCCCUUGCAGCACUUUCUGCAGCUCAGACGUGAACUCCCGCUCUGCCCGGGUGCUCUUUCUCCUGGUGGUGCCUGGACACCUGGUUUUCCUCUACACCAUCAGCUCCAUGCAGGGUGGCCACACCACGCUCACCCUGAUCUUCGUGGUGUUCUACAUGACAGCUGCACUGCUCCAGGUUCUUAUUCUGCUCUACAUCGCUGACUGGAUGGUGCACUGGAUGUGGAACAGGGACCUCGACCCAGACAACUUCUCCAUCCCAUACCUGACAGCCCUGGGGGACCUCAUUGGAACAGGGCUCCUCGCUGUCAGCUUUCACAUCCUCUGGCUCAUCGGGGACCGGGACUCCGAUGUGGGGGAUUAGCUCUCCCUGCUCCCCCCUUCCCACACUUCUCCUCCUCCUUUCGUUUCUUGUCACUUCUUUUCCUCCACCUUCACUCUUCUUUGCUUCCUCCCCACACCCUGUCUCUGUCGAGACUUCAUCUUUAGUACUGGAAUUCUCAUUAUUUUCAAUGGGAAUUUUAUGGGGUUUAUAUUCCAAGCCCGGUUUGUACAGAAAAAUCUCUCUAGUUUUAGGAAGGACAAAAAAAAAAAAAAAUAAGUGUAACGAGACAAUCACCAAGUGCAAUUUCGUAGGAGCUGUGUCUGAACCAAGGUUACAGUGAAGUUCCUGGUCAGUCAGAUCGUGCAAGGAGCCCACCCUGCCCCACUCACUCGAGGUCAAGGGCUGCUUUUUCGCUUCAUAAGCGUUUUAAAUCCUGGAGCUCAAGUUCAGGUUUAUUUUACUGAACUGGCACCUCCUAGCAAAGUACAACCUCAUGGAGGAGGGCAUGGGGCACCUCCUGCCUUGUGUUGGCUCUCUGAAGCUCCAUCCCAUGCCCAGCACCCAAAGGCUGAGGGAGUCUCUGGGAGAGGGAUGAGUGAAGAAGGUGAGGAAGGGUCCUGUGUGCCUACAGGGAAGUGAGUGAUCUUGGCAUUGAGGACUGCAAAGCCCCUAAGCCUGCCCAUGAGCAGGCUGGUCUCUGCUGGCAGAUCUAUUCUCCCUUUUGCCAACUAUCCAGCAGCAUCUCACACUGCUUGUUCUGCCUCUGUGAGCUGAGUUCAGCUGCUCUGUGCUUCGUCCUAAGGGGCUGUGAGCUCUCCCCAUCCAUCAUCCCCCUUCCACCUGCCAGUGCUCCACUGGAGGAUCUGCUGGAGCCCUCAUGGAUGCUCUUUGCAGCCUCUCCUUCGUGCUGCUGCGGACACAGCACCGUUUUCAGGGCAGUCUGCUCAGUGCUGUUGACUUUCAGGAAUGGGUGGAUGGAAAAAUAGCUCCUAUUUUGUGUGUUCAGAUUUUUUUUCAGUUGCUGAGUGCUGCUGACAGACCCAGGGCAGCCAGGAAGAAGCCACCCAGUGCCUCUCUCAGCUGAGCCUGAGGUGUUUCAAGCUGGUCAGCAUUAGGCUUUUGGUGCCUGUUAGAGACAGACAUCCACCUUCAGACACAGGAUUCCUCUCUCUGCACAGGCACCAGCUGCAAAACAGGUCAGCAGGCACAGCCGGAUUUCUGGAGCCCUGGCUCUUGGUGCAGCUCUCAGGACAGGGCUGGAGCACAGGCGUGUAAAAUUUAGGACUGGGGUGACAGCCCAGCUGGGAAGUGCUGGCUGAACACUGGGAGUGCAGGCUUCGCUUCUCUGAUUCUUCCCCUCCUGCUUUUUGUGCUGCUUGGCUCAGCGAUGGCUGAAAUACCUUCCCUUCCCCUGUUUAGGCCAUGUUGGAAGGGCUCUUGCACAGCCUGCAGAGACAUAGUGAGAGGAAACCCCAGGGCAGCUCUAAUCAACUCCCCCCAAUAGCAGGCCCAGAGACAAAAUGGAGAUGGAGUCUCUUUGCCCCUCUUUUAUAGGGUUUGGCUGCUGUGGCCACGCCCCCUGGGCGGGACUGCUGGUUCACUGACCACUCAGCACCCUGCUAAUCCGGAGUGACUGAUGCUGCAGCCAAUCAGAUGUCUGGUGUGCGUGGUGUGGGCGGGCUCCUGGUUUGAUUGACAGCCUGGCCACAUGGCGCUGGCUGGAGGGCUCCGGGCGCCAUGUUGGGCACGGAGCAGAACCCGAAAUUUGGGCGUGGGUUUGAGGUUGUCUUCUUUGCCUCUGCUUUAAACCUUUUCCUCCCACUGCAGCAUGACUAUCCUUUACUGGUACCACUUCCUCCUUUUGCUUAACUUCCAUAUUUCUCACACAAACCAGUGCUUGUCUCCUCCCUUUGGCUGUCUGGAAGGCAGCCCAGUUGUGGUGCUGGCAGCGCUGAUCUUCACCCAAAAUAACUCCAGAUGGAGACAUCUGCUUGUUAGUCUGGGCAAUGCCAGACCUACCUGAGCUCUACAAAGCGCUGCCUAAGUGGAGACAGCUUUGCUUUUUAGGCAGGGAGCGAUUCCUUGGGGGCAGUUCCUGCCUCUCCCAGAAACCAGAGCCGAUGCACCCGAGGGGGCAGGUCGAGACCAAAGUUAGUCUGUGCCAUGUCCCGUGUGGGAGCAGCUCUGAUCCUCCUCUCUCCUCCCCCCCCUCCCGGUGGCUUCUCACACAUCUCAUCUGGCCAAAGCUGUGCCCAAAAUAACCCAAAAAACCCCAACCACAAACCAAACCCCAACUGCGCUGCUGUGCUGAACUCUCAGCCCGGAGAAUUCUGGAACAUUCUCUGCUGCCCACACGAUUUCUCUGCCUGAUGUUGAGGAAUAGAUACGAGACUCCCUUCCAUUAACACUUCAGCUUCUACGUGUAUGUAGAGAAGCUCUCCUGGUCUUUUAGGUGUCACAUCACUCUUCACUUCUCCAAGAAAAGAGGAACAAUCUGCUGCUCAUGGUCUCCUGUGCACAGACCCCGAGGGGUGAGAGCUGCUGGUCCCUGUGUUAUAUAUGGUAUAAAGGUGUGUUUGGGGCAAGGGCAAGGAAGAAUCUAACUUAAAACUGAGGAAUACUGAUGGAAAAACCUCUUCCCACUGGUUGCACUCAAAUGCAUGCCUACUCUACAGCUGCCUGCAGAUGAAAAUCCUGGUCUAUUCUUUUAUUAAAGGAAAAAAAGACUGUCUUAAUUAUUUAUAGUUCCUAUAACUGACAGAUGUCAACUUAACUGAUAAAUUAUAUUUGGUUAAAUAAAGAUUACAUUUAUUUA